AUAUAAAUAUGGCUGACCGAUUCAACAGAAAAGAGAAUGCGGCCACAGCUACGCUGAAGACGUUGCCAAAUUUUGAAAUUGAUCGUUUAAGGCAUUUGUUGACGUUACCUGAAGAUGUUGGCAUUGACACUGCAUCGGUGAAACAGCAGCUGCUGGACCAUAUUGUUCAAAAUGACAUGUAUCCAUACCUUGAGCGUAUGCGUGAGCAGCUUCCCAUAUUCAGGGAUGUAGUCUCCAUGGACAAUUUGAAGGAGAACAAUGAGCGUGUUAUCUCUGAGCUGGAUGAGAAAAUAGACUUUGCUGAGAAGAACUACGGCACAUCGGAGGUCAAGGACGCCAUAUUGGAGAAGGCUAAUUAUUACCUUAAAAUAGGUGACAUGGACAAUGCAGUAUUCCAGUAUGAGGUUGCUCUUAAGCAGACGGUUGGUGUUAACAGCAAGCUUGAGAUAGUGUUAUGCUUGCUAAGGAUAGCAUUUUUCUUUCAUGAUAUCCCUUUACUCAUGAAGUACAUGGAGAAGGCUAAGACUGACAUUGAUAACCGUGGUGAUUGGGAGAUGCGCAAUCGUCUUCACGUAUAUGAGGCUUUGGAACUGAUCAUAUGUAGGAAGUUUAAACCUGCUGCUGAGAUAUUAAUGAAUUCACUAUCUACUUUUACCGCAACGGAGCUUAUAACUUUAGAGGACGUUGUGAUGUACACGGUAGUGCUAUCACUGGUGACUAUGGACAGGCCUACACUGCGUACUAAGGUCUUGGAGUCGCCGGAGGUAUCGCAGGUGGCUACUGAGGGCUCGUUGUUACACCAGCUGUUAUAUGAUUUUUACCACUGCAACUACAAAAACUACAUGUUCAACCUUGCUCGUACUUAUGACCUUAUACUUCGUGACAAGUACAUGUCAAGGCACUGCAAGUACAUAUUGCGUCAGGCAAGGUUACCGGCAUAUCGUCAAUUUUUGCGACCGUAUAAAUCCGUGACUAUAGAGAACAUGUCCCAUGCAUUUCAGUUACCACCAGACUUCAUAGAGGACGAGUUGGUAUCUUACAUAAGUGGCAUGCGUCUGGAUUGCAAGAUUGACCUUGUUAACGGCAUUAUUGAGAACAACAUUAUGGACGAGCGGAACACGAAUUACAUUGAGAUUGUUAAGGAGGGCGACAUGCUGCUCAACCGCAUUCAGAAGCUAUCACGUAUUGUGGACAUGUAAACUUGGUACU